GAUAGAUUAUCACCAACCUCGAUACUAGCUCCUGCUCCCCUUGAGAGUUUAGGAGAAGCCUCGUUGGACCCAACAACAGAGAUUUUGUGGUUGGGCUUCUCUGGCUGGCGUCGAUAAAAAUCAAGCAGGCCAGCUAGACUAGAGUAGACUGACGAACGAGUGACUCGACGGAAGCACGCGUGCUGCCGCUGCCGCUGCUGUAGUAAAAGUGAGGUGUAUAGUUGGUUCAAAAUCCCUGUUGGUACUUGAUUUCCAGCACUCACCACUGGGGGGAAGUGUAGAGCGGAUAGAGUGGAGAGGAGAAGUCCGUGUGUCCGUGAUCGACAGGGGACAUCGAGCUAUAAACCAUUGAACCUCGCCCAUUGAGCUUUUAGAGUUUUCGCUGAGCGCUUGACCAUUCCGCUGCGCGUUGAGCAAUAUCGUCGCGGUUGACCAUUUGCCUGUUCCGUUGGAGCUAUCGUUGAGGUACCACUGAGCGGAUUCACUCCCGUGUCCCGUUGAGCGGCUAUCGAGACCUUGGGAUCUCGAGGGCUGCAGCACCGACUUGGCUCUAUCGCACUGUCUACCGACUUUGCUCUCGACUCCUCCGCGUCAGCGCUGACGUCGCUUUCGACGAUGGACACGUCAGAUCCCGUCCUUCUCGCGAGUGUAGCCACGGGAGCGCUCAUGCUCUUCCUGGUGAUCUGGCGAAUCGUAUUCUUCCUUUCUGCUGAUGCGGACUUGACGCUGCUGCUCAAGGGGGCGCCGCGCGAGGGAGCGUUUGAGGAUAAGGUGGUGUGGAUCACAGGCGCGAGCCAGGGAAUUGGCCAGGAGCUGGCGCAGCGGUUUGCGGCGAUGGGCGCGCGGCUGAUCCUCUCCGCGCGCUCGGCGGAGCGACUGGAAGCGGUGAAAGCGGCAUGCCGGGGGAAGCACGCGCCGGAGGGGGUGGUGAUCGUGCCGUUCGAUCUCAAGGGGGGGGCGGAGGUGCUGCGCGGCGCAGUGCGCAAGGCGGAGGACGCGUUCUGCGCGGAGGAGUCGCCUGGUGGGGGGCUACACCCCUGUGGCGUUGACGUGCUAGUUCUCAACGCCGCCCAUCCCCGCCCGAAGCUGACAUGUGAAGAGACGCCAGAGGACACACUCAGGGGCAUGCUAGAAGUGAAUGUGGUUGCCACCAUCGAGCUCACUCGCUACCUCUUACCGUUCAUGAUGCAACGGAACAAGGGGCAGAUCCUAGUGGUGAGCAGUGCCGCAGGCAAGCUCCCAGCACCCACUCAAGGCGUUUACGCAGCCACUAAACACGCCCUGCAUGGGUACUUCAACACGCUGCGGUACGAAGCGGUGCAGCACGGUGUGGCCGUCACCCUCGUGUGCCCCGGCCCCAUCGCCACUGCGGGCUCCGCCGAGGGGGCAAUCAAAUCCGCGUCCAGGCAAUCUUCCCCCGCUCACUCCGCCCCACCGUCCCCCACUGCGGGCUCCGCCAAGGGGUCAAUAGAAUCCGCCUCAGAUAAAUCCUCCUCCUCCUCCUCCUCCUCCUCCUCCUCCUCCUCCUCCUCCUCCUCCCCAGCUUCUUCCCCCAAGUCUCCCCCUUCCGCAUCCCCCUCUUCUCAACUGGGUGCCUCCUGGUCCUCGCGGGAGGUGCAGGAGAACACAAGUGGAGAAGGGGGAGAGGAGAAGGACUCCCGCAUGCCAGCAUCUCGCUGUGCUCAGCUUAUCGUGAAUGCUGCUGCUUGGAGACUCGAGGAAGCGUGGAUCUCCAAACAUCCCGUGCUGCUGCUCAUGUACCUGGCGCAAUACCUCCCUGCCACCUGCAGCAUGCUCUUCAGAAAGAUCGGUCCCAAGAGAGUGCAAGCCCUCAAGACCGGCAGCAGCAACAUGUAUUCUGCGAGCCUCCUAUUCACCCGAACCCCAGCCUCCCCCUCCCCCUCCCCCUCCGCCUCCGCCUCCUCUCUUGCUUCCACCUCCCCCUCCUUAUCCCCCUCUUCUUCUCCCCUCUCUGCCUCUCCAACCUCCUCCUCCCCUUCCAGCCGGUCACCCUCCCCCUCCCAACCACGCCCCACCUCCCUUCUACCCCCCAAGUCUCACUCCUCCCCAUCCCUCUCACACACACACUCACACCCCCCUGUGCAAAAAUCCACUACGCCCUCCCCCCGAUCCUCCCCACAAUCCUCCCCCUCUCGCUCCCCCCCCCCUCGCUCCUCCUCCCCAUUCUCCUCUCUCUCCUCCCCUUCUCUCUCCCCCUCGUCCCUCUCACCCGCCCUCUCUCCCCGUCGCUCGCCCAUCUCCGUCCUCCCUCACCACUCCACCGCCCAACCCAUGCCUCCCAGCAAGCGAGUCUUCCACCUCAGCAGUUGACGCCCAAUCCAUGCCUCCCAGCUGCCAGCAGUUGAGACACUAGCAACUCUCUGGUGCCGCUCGCUCUCUCUCUCCCCAUCCCUCGCCACGCCACCAUCCCACUACCAACCACCUCCCAGCAAAGCCACUGUUCCACCUCCGCAAUUGACACACCAGCAAGCAACUCUAUGGCCCCCCCCGCCCUCUCUCUCCCCAUCUCCGUCCUCCCUCAACACUCCACCGCCCAACCCAUGCCUCCCAGCAAGCCACUGCUCCACCUCAGCAGGUGACGCCCAACUCAUGCCUCCCGGCGAGCCAGUUUUCCACCUCGUUAAUUGAGAGAGCAGCACAUCACUUCUAGCGACCCUCGCCCUCUCUCUCUCUGCCGAUUGCCCGUCUCUGGCCUCCCUCACCAUUCCGCCCAACCCAUGCCAUGCCUUCCACCUGAGCACCUGAGCACCUGAGCACCAGCAGUCUCACAGCCCUAUCACAGCCCUAUCACAGCCCUCUCACAGCCCUAUCACAGCCCUCUCACAGCCCUAUCACAGCCCUAUCACAGCCCUCUCACAGCCCUAUCACAGCCCUCUCACAGCCCUCUCGCAGCAGAUCUCUUUUUGGAGGCAUGGGAUUCAUGCAUGCACCCUUCUUUCCUCACAGCCCUCUCGCUGUGUGUCUCCCUCGCGCGCUUGUUUCGGCCAUUUCUGCCUUCCUCAGCCAGUCCACUCCGCCUCCCAAACCAAACCUUCGGCACAGAAAGAGCCUGCCGCCGGGCCCUACAUAGAGCCUGCUGCUGGGUACAGAUGUAGUUCCUUCUUCCCCUGUGUUUUGGUUGGCAGCUUGCCAACCAAGUUGUGCAUGUACCACUCAAAAGUUAACUUGCAUGUUAUUGUCUCUGUAACAUUCAACUUGAAGGCUACUUCAAAGUCUAGUAUG